AUGGCACGUGACCGGGCCGGAAGGUUACGCAGCAUCCCGGAGAGCCACGGCGGGCCAUGUAAGCCCCGCCCGGACCCCCAACCGGGGGCGGCGGGCUCUGCGCUGGCCCAGGCCCUGGGGGAGUUCCUUCUGCCCGGGGACCCCCCCGAGGGGGGCGGGGUCUGCGGGGGGGACGGCGACUCGCUGCACGACGGCUCGCUGUUGGACCGCUGCUCCUCCGGCUCCUCCUCCUCCUCCUCCAUCGACAUCGCCUUCGUCAGGUGUCCCCGCACCUCCUCGGCCCCCCGCCGGGCGCUGGCGGCCAACGUGCCCACACCCCGUGAGGCCUACGGGGGGAGCCGCCCCAGGGCCUCUCCCCGGGGCUGCGUGUCCCCAGACGAGGCCGUCCUGAGGCGGCACAGCCCCCAGCGCCCCCUGCAGGCCAGCCAGAGGAAGAGCAAGUCUCUGAACGGCCUGCAGCUGGACAGCACGGUGAGCUGUGUGGACGCCGGUCCCGACCACGGCCACCGGAGGGCGCUGGAGAGACAGGGCAGCAGCAAGGGGUGUCCCACCCCAACACGCAGGGGCCCGGUCCACCUGGGGAGCAGCCCCCACUCCCUGGAGCCCGAACUACACAUCAGCAUCCCCCAGGACCCCGCGGCCCAGGCGUGGGGGGAGGAGCCCCGGUGGAGAGGCGGGGCUGAGGAGAUAAGCCACACCCCUCUGAGUGAGCGGGGAAGGAAGCAGGAGAAAGGAGGCUUCAGAAGCUCCUUCAAGAGGCUCUUCAAGAAGAGAAGUGCGGAGGAAAAGAAGGAGAAGAGUGAAACCAGCGAUCAGGACCAGAGACCGGGACCCCUGGAGGCGGUCCGGGGUACUGCAGUGUGAACACACACACAGUUUUAUUUCCUGUACCACCAUCCUGUUAACUCCACUUUUCUAUGCUAUCAAUGGUCUGUUUAUACCGACCCCUGGUGGUUAGCCAGUGGAACACGGUACUGCGACUACAAUCACUCUGCGUUCAACUCUUUUUGAAUAUCGUAUGCUUUUAAUCGGACUGUCUCUCUGCUCCGAUCAUUUCCAAUUGUAAAUAGCAGACUGAGGUCAGAAUCCAGAGAGCGCUUCAACUCUGAACGAAUGCUAAAUACAACAUCAAGUAUACUUAUUCAAUAUUUAUGCUUAUUAUUGCAGGGAAAACCUUUCUUUGCCUAUUCACAAUAAAUGAUGACUUCUGUACCAAAGACUGUUUUAUAUGCAGAAUAAACA